AUGUUGAGAUUGAGAGAAGAGAAGAAGGAGCAAUUUAAUGAUAAAAAAAAUAACAAAUGGCAGUUAUGGGCUGGGAUAGCUGAAGAGCUAGUGAGGAACCAAUUCAUGUUGGGGGCGAAUGGCAGUGAGAGAUGCCGCCAAAAAUUCGCCAAUUUGACCAAGUCAUACUUGAAAUUCAUACGAAACCAGAAGACAACAAGGGCAGCCUUCAUAGAGCAUCCUCCAUUUUUUGAGGAAGUCCACUCAAUUUUAGGUGAGAAGCAUAAAACUCAACCCAAACAUUUAGUGGACAGCUUGGAGGAUGAGCCCAUGCCUGAGGCCCCUAUGCCCGUGCAAGAAACGCCAAUAAUGGACGAGGGCGCUUCUUGCAGCUACAACACUAGAACUGAACCGUCCAUCACCGACCGGUUCAAAAACCUGAGGGAUACUCCUACCUCCAGAACUAACAAAGGGGAUCCGGUUCUACAGGAGUUGAGGAGCCACCAGGUGGAACCGAGAAGACAAUUUGACGUUCUAGCUGCUCAUUUAAAAAAAACAGAGGAGCAGAGGGAGAAGCUCCUCAAUAUUAUGGAGCAGUUUUUUACAAGAAAGAGGAAGAGGCAGGAAGAUUCUGAUGGAGAAUAA